UGAAAGCGAUGCAUCGUUAAUGAAUCCUGGCAUGCAGAGGCAGAGCUACCUACAUACGAAUUAGAAUUUUCCAUCACGUACCUCUAUAAAUAAUGCUAUUCUGCCCUUCAAUUCUUUCCACACACACAAAUUUGUAAUACAGAGAGAGUAGGAUAGGAUCCAAUAUCAAUAUUCAUGGAAGUAGUGCGAGUGCUUCACAUGAAUGGAGGGGUAGGAGAAUCCAGUUAUGCUUUGAACUCUUUAGUUCAGAAAAAGGUGCUAUCCAUGACAAAGCCAAUAACAGAAGCAGCAAUAACCCAACUGAUCAUGUGCAGCAGCAGCAUGGCCAAGACCUUCUGUAUGGCAGAGUUGGGCUGUUCCUCUGGCCCGAACACUUUGUUUGUGGCGAUGGAGUUUGUGAAAAUUGUGAGCCAAUUAUGCCGCAAACACGGCCAUGAUCAGUUGCCUGAAUUUCAGAUACACUUGAAUGACCUCCCAGGAAACGAUUUCAACUCCAUUUUCAAGUCCUUAGCCCACAGUUUCCAUGCGCAACUGUUACAGGAAAUGGGAGCAGCUGGAGUUGGAGGAUCUGCACCAUAUUGUUUUUUAUCCGGGGUUCCUGGCUCCUUUUACGGCAGGCUUUUUGCGGCAAAAUCUCUACAUUUUGUUCAUUCUUCUUACAGCCUAAUGUGGCUGUCCAAGGUCCCUGAAAGGUUGGAAAUGAACAAAGAAAAUAUAUACAUAGCAAGCACAAGUCCAGCGAGUGUGAUUAAUGCAUAUUAUGAGCAAUUUCAAAGAGAUUUCUCUACUUUUCUGAGAUGUCGUUCGGAGGAAGUAGUGGGUGGUGGAAAAAUGGUGUUAACUCUUUUGGGGAGGAAAAGUGACAGUGCUUCUAGCAAGGAGUGCUGCUAUAUUUGGGAGCUGUUGACCCUCUCACUCAAGGAAAUGGUAUCCCAGGGACUAAUAGAAGAAGAGAAGUUAAGUUCAUUCAACAUCCCUCAGUACACACCGUCGCUUUCAGAAGUGAAGACAGAAGUGGAAAAGGAAGGGUCCUUCAGUAUCAACAGCCUGGAGGCCUCAGAAAUCAGAUGGGCUGCUUGUGGGACAAGUGGGUUCUAUGCCCCGGAAUAUUCCAAAAAAGGCGACGAUGGGUACAAUGUGGCCAAAUGCAUGAGAUCCGUGGCGGAACCUUUGUUGGUGGAGCAAUUUGGUGAAUUGGUAAUUGAUAAAUUAUUUGAGAAUUACAGAAAUAUUCUGUCUGAUCGCAUGUCCAAAGAGGAUACCAAAUUUAUUAAUGUCACUGUUUCUAUGACGAGGAAAGAAUGAACUGGACCAUCAACAAGGAAGUUGCAGAGAUGUGGUGGCAAUAUGGUAUUGGAUUGGGUUUAAGAUAUUUCUAAGCUGAUUUCGAAAUUGUGUUGUAUUUAAUAAAUUCAACCAUAUUAUGUAAUUUGACUAGGCAAUAAUAGUUGGUAGAAAGUUUGUUAUUUUUCUUGUUUAGGUCUCUGUCUGUUGGUGUAUUUCUCUUUUAGUAAUGGUAUUAAAAACAAUUUUUUUAGUUUGGAAUACGUAUC